UUUUUGCACUUAAUUGCAAUUAAAAUUAAAAUGUAUUAUAGUUUGAAAUACAUUAAAGUGUUACUGAUCAUUUAUCAAAAAUUGCUAUUGAAGGAAUAGAAAAUGUGCAAAAAAUUAACUCACCCUUAUGGCAUAUAAAAUGUAAAUGAUAUAAAUUAAUUUGCAAGUUUUGAGAAUAAUAAUAUUAAGAUUAAACAUUAUUAUAAUUAUUAUUUUAUACAUGUUAUUCCUAUGCUUUGAGACUGUACACAUGUGCGCGUAGAUCGGGGACUUUUACUUUGAAACUAUGACGCGAACAAAAGGAGGAGUCUAAAUCCGGAAGUAAACAGUUCUUUUUAGAAGCUGAUCAUUUUAAAAAUCGAGAGAUGUUAGAAAAUGUUUAAUCUCACGUCUGCGUCUCUCUAACGCAACAGUCACACAGACAGAACACUCUUCUCUCCUCACAAGUGUAAACUCAAGAGAAGCCUGCAGCGCUUCUGAACCAAGAUGAACAGCGAGAUCCUCGGUCUGAGCGAGAGGCUGCUGUGCUCAUGUAUUCUUGAGUCUCUUGACGUGGCGCGAGGGGGCGGAGUCGGACACGUGAUCGGCUCAGAAUCAUAGACAGUAAAAUAAAUGCAUUUUUUCAAUGUGCACAUUGAAUUUUGCUACAUUCAUUGCAGGACACUGAAUGAAAAUGCAAUCGGUCCCGGUCAGCGGUGCCAUUAAUGCAGGCUUCGCUGCGAGCUUCAUUACAGAGAUCAUUAAGAUGUAUCCAGGUCGAGCUUCUGCGUCCCCGUCUCUAGACGUCCUCAUUACGCUGCUCACACUGGGAGCCAAUGGCUACAAGAAACUCUUGUCUGAGAGGAAGGAGCUGUAUGGCCACCUGGCGCAGGAGAUGAGCGCUGUAGCCGAGAGACACGGGGAGAGACUGCAGCAUACGCCACACAAGCCAAUAACACUGGGGUCGUCCCGCUGGGUGUGGAGCAGACCGUGAGCAAACACACGUUUCGUGGCUUCAUGUCGCAUGCAGAUGCCUAUCCAUGUCCGUACUUUAACGCAGCCUCUGCUAUUAGAAUAACAGAGAUGAUAUAACUCUGUGCAUCAAGAGACUCGAUAAAUGCCUCAAGAGCGUUAACAAGGAAACUCCUGCAGAGAAGAGUGAGUCAGGAUCGCCAGCUGAAGAUGACCAAACCUUGCCCUGAUGCUCUGGGGGAAAGAGUUGGAUACAUAGGAAUAUUCUUUUCAUAAUUUGAUCUUGUGGCAAUAACCUCGCGUUUGAAUGUUGAUUUAUCAGCAUAUGGCCACAAAUGCAUUCGUUUGUUUCCCCGAUGCUCAAUAAAUGCUUUUUGACCCAUGUUUGAAAGUAUACCCUAACGGACAAUACAUACAUUAUUUUGUCAUUUCAAUUCAUCUGGUUCUGCUGCGUUUUACACAGUCGUAGUUGAAUAGACAAUGCAGAGGGAAUUCUCUGUUUUAAACAAUAUCAAAGGAAAAUGAAAGAGUUUUUUUAUUAUUAUUUCUGAAUCAAAACAAAUAAAAUAUUUGUAUUCACUCAGAUUGCAAAUAAGGUACCAAAUGUCUCUUUAUGUACCAAACCCUGCAACGAUACCUGCUAUUUAAUUUAUACAGAUUUUAAUA